AUGUCGGACAAGCCGGAGAGCAGCAAGACUCAACUCGAAGAGGAUAUCAUCGAACCAUUGUUCCAAAAGGAUUUCUUGUCACAUUUGCCAGAGGAGGUGGCAUCUCGCAUCAUCGCUCAUCUGACACCGCGCGAUUUGAUGACUUGUGCUGGCGUUUCGCGGACGUGGCAACGGAUUUGUGAAGAUGAUCGGACGUGGCGACAGAAAUGUUUGGAGAAAGGAUAUGUGAAAUUGGAUGCCCCAAGUUUUCGUUUUCUCGGAGGCUGGGCGACGAAUCGAGCAAAUGAGGAAGCGGGAAUCACAAUCUUCUCACAUAUGGACCUUCAAGAUGCACAUCAGAAUCGACGAGAACGCGAGAUCGCAUAUGGACAAUGUUAUGAGCGAUCGUCAUGGAAGUCGUUGUACUUGCGGAAGCAGCGAAUCAUUUCCAAUUGGCGAUCCCGACCGAUUCAAUCAAGCACUGUUCUAAAAGGUCACGAUCAACAUGCGAUGAAUUAUCUACAAGUUCAGUCUGGUCGUAUCGUUACUUUUUAUCAUGAUAAUACGUUGCGGAUUUGGAAUGUUGAUGAUGCUCAACCGGCUCUCACUCUAACUGGCCAUAUGGGUUUUGUUAGGACGUCUGAAGUGAGCGAUGAUGGUAAAUACAUUGUCAGUGGCGCGUAUGAUCGAACGUUGCGCGUUUGGUGUGGUCAAACCGGUGUACAGCGUGAUGUUCUGCAGGGGCAUACGAGUGUUGUUUACUGCACAAUUCUACAUGGUACAACUCUUGUUUCUGGAUCGUCCGAUCAAACGCUGCGAGUCUGGGACAUUGUCGACGGGAAAUGCCUUCACAUUUUUGCUGGCCACUUGGGGAUGGUGGGUUGUGUACAAUUUGAUGGAAAAUGGGUUGUGUCAGGUGCCGAUGAUUCUACUGUAAAAGUUUGGAAUGUGCAGACGGAGGAGUGUUUGCACACGCUGACGGGUCACACGGAGCCAAUCUAUUUACUUUUGUUUGAGCCAGAGCGCGAUCUUGUCGUCUCGGGAAGUCUUGAUACAACGAUUCGCGUCUGGGAUGUGCGAAGAGGAACAUGCAUCGCAAUUUUUGUGGGCCAUGGAAGUCUCAGCCUUGGGAUGCAACUUCGCGGAAACAUUUUGGUCGGAUCCUAUGCCAACUCGGACGUCGGGGUUUGGGACAUUCGUGACGGUGGUUCGUGGAUUCAUGGCUUGCAAGGAGGAAAUGGUCACACGUCGCCCAUCACUUCAUUGCAAUGGCUUGACUCGGGACUUUUGGUGACAAUUUCUUACGAUGGCUCGGUCAAGCUGUGGGAUGUGGAUAAAGGUAUUUUCGUCCGUGACCUCGUUCGUCUUCAAUCGGGUGGAUCUGGCGGUGGCAGCCUGAAUCCGUGGCGCCGUCGAACCCUGGCAAUCAUCGUGUUAACAUAUUUGAUGUCGAAUUUUCUCUCGGUUUUAAUCACUGUUUGGGAGACGUUCGAUCCAGCAUCACUUUGGAAACCUGGG